UUAGAAUACUAUUAAUUAUUUGGUCUAAUAAGAAAAUAUACACUAAAACGUAUUUGUACCGAGGAUGCCUAAUAGUUGUUCCCUCUGUGUAUAUAAAAUAAGCAUUCUUGCUCUUUUUCAGACUCGAGGAGCAGAAGCUAUUCAUCCGUUGGCCUUAUAUAAAACUGAUUUAAUUUCGAAGACGGAUUCAAAAAGGAACUUUUUUAAUAUCUCAUCUACAUUUCAAUCAUUCUAACCGCAACUGCAUCCAAAUUUCAAAGCAAGUGGGAUCAGGAGAACGCAAAUAUCAAAUUUAUGGCUAUGUUUGCCUGUUGGUCUACCUUGCUGGUAAGGAGGAAGAAGAAAUCCAAUAGAUUUUCUAAUGUUGCGGAUGGUAACAAGAAGGGAAGUAGCAAUGGUGACCUUCGGGUUAAGCCCAUUAAUCCUGUUAGCCCUUCCACUGAAAAUGGAAUCAAAGCGCACUCUUUAACGGUCUCAAAAUCAUUUCUUUCUGUAAAAGAAAAAACUCUUUCCAUUCCUAAGGUUCUGAGUGAUGAUAGCUUGGCAAGACCUGAGUCUACAGGGGAUGCAGCUUAUGAGGCAGGUGAUGAGCAUGAGAUGGUUCUAUCAACAAAAAAAGAAUGCUCUCACUUAACUCUCCAACCCAAAGGGGAACUUGUUUCCCAUGGACCAAACACUGACUUAACCAACUAUGUAUUUGAAAAGAUGGAGACAGAUAAAGAGAUUGAGACAAAGAUUGGAAGUGGGCAUGUUAGUGACCCUGGAAUGGAGAGGACAGCUUUCUUAGAGUCUCCUGUGCUUAAGCGCUCAUGUUCAAACAUUGAGACCAAGCUGGCUAAACAAAGGUUCAAGUCUCCAAUAAGGUCAAGUUCUUACAGUAACCUCCAGGACCAAACAGGAAAAGCAACCGUAGAAAUCACUUAUGAAAAUCACCAUAGUCCAUUAUCUGUAAGAUCCUCUUGCAGUGCAGAUCAUGUGAUGCUAAAGAGACGGUCUUCGAGUCAGGUUCUUCCCUCCAGAAGCAGAAAAAUCUGGUGGAAACUCUUCCUUUGGAGCCACAGGAACCUCCACAAGCCUAGAGCUCCUCAAAGGCAGAUUUCCAUUCUCAGUGCUCCCGUUCAGAAGGAGGGAUAUUCUUCUGAUACUUUUGAACCUGGCCAUAAGCUUGACAAACAUAAUUGGAAAGCAGCACAGCCUGAGAACCAAUGGGUCGCGUUCUCUGUAGGAUCUUCGCGUAUGGACAGAGUUAAUGCUUGGAUAAAUAGCCUUGAGGAUUGUUCAUUCUUACCUGUUAAUGUUGAUGAGACAGACGAUGGAAUUGAAGAUGAACAGAUAGCUGAGCUUCAUCACUUGGAGAACGAAGAGGCCUCUGAAAAAGUAUGUUCUCAUACUUGUCGUCGCGAAGCGGAAGAUGUGGCACAAGCUAAUAGUAUUAUCCAGUCCUUAAACACAUUCUCUUCUGUGGCUCAUAUCUCGGGUAUUGGAUUGAAGGUUAUUCCUUCUAUUUCCUCCUUUGUCUGCCUUAGAUCUGUUAAUCUCUCUGGCAACUCCAUAGUUCACAUUACAUCAGGAUGUCUUCCUAAGAGUCUUCACACCCUGGACUUGUCUCGGAACAAGAUAUCAACAAUUGAGGGAUUCAGAGACCUUGAAAAAUUGAGAGUUGUCAAUCUAAGCUAUAACAGAAUCACAAAGAUUGGUCAUGGACUAUCGAGUUGCACUGUAAUAAGAGAGUUGUACCUUGCCGGCAAUAAGAUUAGUAAUGUUGAGGGGCUUCACCGUCUUCUAAAGCUUACAGUACUUGACCUCAGCUUCAAUAAGAUAACUACAAGCAAGGCUUUAGGCCAGCUUGUUGCAAACUACAACUCUCUCUUGGCUCUCAACCUCCUAGGCAAUCCGAUACAGACAAAUAUUGGAGAUGAACAGCUGAGAAAGGCAGUUGUGAGCCUUCUGCCUCAUGUUACUUAUCUGAAUAAGCAGGUUAUCAAGCCCCACAGAAUGCGGGAGGUUGCGACGAAAAGUGUAGCCAAGGCUGCACUUGGAGAUGUUGCAAGAUGUUCCAGAAGAAAGUUGACCAGAAGAUUGAGCCAAGGUUCGGGCUCCUCAACCAAAAGCAGAGUUUGUGGCAAGGGAAGACACUCAAGCUCUGGUCGGAAGUAAGCUCAGUAAGCACAGUGUGAGAACUUUCCUUCCCUGUUCUAGUUGGAAAUUGCAACUGGCAGAUUUCUCUUUCAUGCAUAUGGCAAGCUUUAGCUGGAGAAUAAAAGGGGUCGUAGUUUUCUUCUUCAAGAUAAAGAUUUUGCGUCGUUUAAGUAUUUUAUUGAGAACUCAUGUCCUACUUCAUGUAAUUUUUUUGAUGUAAUAAUAUGUGUCCUUGUAUAAAACUAUAGCAUUGUUCCUCACUAUUAUCUGGCUGGCUUUUUGGGCUGGAUGAAUUUUCGUGUAAAAUAAGCAUAUAGAUUGUAGGGACUCGUGAUAUGUGAAGAAAGCUGCACAGCAAAUGGAAUUUUUUAGUCAAAACUGUGAAUUUGGAGAGUUCGGUAUGAUGUAUAUAAUGCUUUUCAGACUAAAACUAUAAUUUUUUUC